AUGUCGGCUGCGCGGCCCGCCGCCCGCCGCAAGGUCCGCAAGGGCACGCAGAGCUGCUGGGAGUGCAAGCGCCGCAAGAUCCGCUGCACCUUUGCCGCGCCGACGGAUGCCGUGUGCGAUGGCUGCAAGAGCCGGCAGACGCGGUGCGUCGGACAAGAGUACGAGGACGAGGAGACGCCGCCCGCGGGUAGAAAGGCGGACCGGCUGCGGCGCAUGGAGUCCAUCAUCGAGGACCUGGUCAAGAAGAAGAAGGAGCAGCAGAGUGCCGGGGACGAGAGCCCGGGUGACGAUGGAAGCACGCCGGAUCAAAAGUAUACUGUACCCCCGUCGCUAGACUUGCACACGCCCGAGGACCUCACCCGCCACCUCAUCGCCCUCUGGCCGAGCCAGCCCGAGCUGGACCGCAUCGUCGCCUCCCAAGCCUGCACCGCGCUGCUGCUCAACGGCAUUGUCUGCGAGCCCUACGAGGGCCACUUGGACACGCACACGGCCUGCCUCGGACAGGCCACGCAGCGACCGGACCCCGCGACCGCGCACCCCGCGCUCGUCGCGCGCAACGCGAUGCUCCUCGUGACGCUCCUCGACAGCCUCCCACCCGCCGCCUCGGCACGGUCCACCGCCCUGCAGGACCGGCUGUACGCGGCGGCGGCGCGGCUCGUCGCCGCCGGCCACGAGCACAUGGCCAGCCUGCACGGCCUCGAGAGCCACCUCAUGGAGACGGCGUACCUCGCGACCCGGGGCAACCUGCGGCGCGCCUGGCUCGUGAACCGGCGCGGCAUGAGCCUCGCCCAGCUCGCGGGUCUGCCCACCAGCGCCGCCACUGCCGCCGCGCGCUCGGACUACGUGUGGUUCCGGCUCGUCUGCAGCGACCGCCACCUGUCGCUGCUGCUGGGGCUACCGCAGGCGACGACGGAGAAUGCGUUUGCGACGCCGGCGGCGCUCGAGGCGCUGCCGCCGCUGGAGCGCUUCGAGCGCAUCAUGGUCGUGGCGUGCAGCCUGAUCCUGCAGCGCAACGGCGCCGGGCAGGCCGGCGACCUGGACACGACGUACGAGAUCGACACGACGCUGCAGCGCGCGGCCGCCAUGCUCACGCCCCAGUGGUGGCUGGUGACGCCGCCGACGCUCGCGCGGCUCGAGGGCAGCGGCGCCGCGGCGUUUUACGAGACGACGCGGCUCAUGAACCAGUUCAUGUACCACCAUUUGCUGGUGCAGCUGCACCUGCCGUACAUUUUGCUGCCGGCCACGGCAGAUGCGCGCAUGGACUGCAGCAGGAUGACGGUGGCGAAUGCCGCGCGGUCCAUCUUGAUGCGCUUCAUCUCCUUUCACGGCUCGCCGGCGUCCGUGUCGUACUGCCGCGCGAUUGACUUCUUCGCCUUCAUCGCCAGCACGACGCUCUGUCUCGUCCACAUCGAGGCCCGGCGUCAGCAGCACCUGGCGCGCGCGGGCGGCUUCAGUCGGCUGCAGCCACUCGUGCACCAGCGGCACAGCGACCGCGCGCUCCUGCAGAGCCUGCUGGACAUUGUCGCGGGCAUGACGCAGACGGGGCCGGACCCCAUUGCGAAGCGCAUCAGUAGUAUCCUCACCCCGCUGCUGGAGAUUGAACUCGACUCGUUCAAGGGGGGCUGCUACAGCAUCUCGGCCGUCGAGUGUCAGAAGGCGGCUGGCGGCAGGACAGAGUUCGCGGCCGACUUUGGGGACUCGAGCAGCGCGCCGGAUGUCCUGCAUAUUAAGAUUCCCCACGUUGGCACCAUACGCAUCCAGAACCACUCUGAGCUGCCAGGCUCUGCCGAGCCGGCGUGCGCACGUAGCGAGACUCAAGAGGCAGGGCUGGCAUCGGGACAGGAGUGCUGCGGCGGCGACAGUUGCGGCCGUAGCACGCUUCCCACGCCAAACGCAGAUUGUGCCCCUUGUUCGCAGCCGCGCGAGACGGACUGGGCAGACAGCGGUACCCUGCCGGGACCAUUCAGCUCCAUGGCGCAUCCAAAGGACGAUGAGUGGGCUGGCCAUUCUGCGAGCCUUGAUCUUGGAACCAUCUCGGAGCCGUAUCUCGCCGGAUCUGGUCUGUCAUCCGACGACCAUUGGGCGCUGCAGGGCGUCGACAUUGCUUUGUUCAGCAACUUGACGCAGGGGUCUUGA